AGGAUGGAGAACAGGACAGAAGUGACACAGUUCAUCCUCCUAGGAAUAACCAAAGACCAGGCACUGCAGGUCCCCCUGUUUAUCAUGUUCCUGCUCAUCUACGUUAUUACUCUGGUUGGGAACCUGGGGAUGAUUGUGUUGAUUCUCUUUGACUCUCGUCUCCACUCUCCCAUGUACUUUUUCCUCGGUAACCUGUCUCUGGUAGACUUUUGUUACUCUACAGCUGUCACUCCCAUGGUCAUGACUGGAUUACUUAUUGAAGACAAGGUCAUCUCCUACAAUGACUGUGCUGCUCAGAUGUUCUUUUUUGUAGCCUUUGGCACUGUGGAAAAUUACCUCUUGGCUUCAAUGGCCUUUGACCGCUACGCAGCAGUGUGUAAACCCCUGCAUUACACCACCACCAUGACUACAAAUGUGUGUACUUGUCUGGCUGUCGGCUCCUAUGUCUGUGGUUUUGUGAAUGCCUCCAUCCACACUGGGGACACAUUCAGUCUCUCUUUUUGUAUGUCCAGUGAGGUCCAUCACUUUUUCUGUGAUAUUCCUGCGGUCAUGGUUCUCUCUUGUUCUGAUAGACAUAUCAGCGAGUUGGUUCUUGUUUAUGUAGUAAGCUUCAAUAUCUUUUUUGCUCUCAUGAUUAUCUUGAUAUCCUACAUACUCAUUUUUAUCACAGUACUAAAGAUGCACUCAUCCGCAGGACAUCAGAAGGCUCUGUCCACCUGUGCCUCCCACCUCACUGCAGUCUCCAUUUUCUAUGGGACUAUUAUCUUCAUAUACUUACAGCCCAGCUCCAGUCACUCCAUGGACACAGACAAAAUCGCAUCUGUGUUUUAUACUAUGGUCAUCCCCAUGCUGAAUGUGGUCUACAGCCUGAGGAAUAAAGAGGUGAAGAGUGCUCUUUUGAAGAUUGUUUUGGAGACAAGCAUGUCUUUAGGAUUUUGA